AUGUCAAACUCCAGAAGAACUGUGGACGAUGUGAAGAUCCUCCUCGAGUCCUGCGCUGGUGGCGACUCACAGCAGACAGUGAAGUUCUACAACAGCUGGGCCGAGACAUACGAGCAGGAUUUGGAGAUGUUGAAAUACAGUGGGCCACAUCUGGGAGUAGGUUUCCUGAAUGCCAACUUCUCUGGGAAUCGUGAGGAAGUUCAGAUCCUGGAUGUUGCCUGUGGAUCUGGAAUGGUGGCUAAACUGAUGUUUGAUCUGGGCUUCAGGCACUUUGUGGGAGUCGAUGGCAGUAAAGGUAUGCUGGAAUGUGCUGCUAAGACUGGCCUCUAUCAGGAUCUCAGACUGGCCUUACUGGGACAACAACCACUGCCUGCACAGGCUGGUGUGUUUGAUUUGGUGGUCAUUGUUGGUGCUUUGGAUGUUGGUUUUGUUCCAGUCAGUGUUGUCAGGGAGCUCUGCCAUGCUGCCAAACCAGGAGGUUUUAUCUGCAUGGUGAGAGGCCACUACAGAGGAACGGCAGCAGAGGAAUAUAGAAAGGACUUGGAAAGAGAGCUGCAGCUGAUGGAGGAAGAGGGGCUGUGGAGUCUGAUCGCGGUCAAACAGAGCGACAGAUAUUUGGUGAACCUACAUCAGAACGCUGAGACAGAUGAGAGUCACACUCAGGAGGAGUCGUACAUCAGGUCGAGCGUAUAUCUCUACAAGAAAUCUGCCAAUCAAGCUGAUCGAAACUAG